AUGCCCCGAACCACACCACAACCCCUCCUUGCUCUAGCCGCCGCGCUGCUCUCCGUGGCGUCGGCCCAGACGCCGUCGGCCGGCGUGCCCUCUGACGUCAAGCACAUCCGGUGCGAGACGUGCGAGUCUCUCGUGAGCGCGGCGCAUCGCCGCUUCGCCGAGCUCCGCAAGGGCUCAAAGAAGGCCCUGUCCGAGGAGGACGCCAUGUCGGUCGUCGAGACCGUGUGCGACCCCGAGGCGGACGGCGGAGCGUGGCUCCGGUCGCUCGAUCUCCAGGAGCAGGGCCGCCGGCUCCGGCUCGUCAAGCAGGCGGAGGACGGCCCGUGCGGCGUCGAGUGCGCGACCCUGCGGCUGGCCUGCCAGGCGCUGAUGGAGGAGGGCUGGGAGAACGAACUCGGCGAGGCUCUCUACGGCGCGGUCGACGCGGACGAGCUCGCAGAGAGCGCCUGCCGGGAGUGGUCGUCGGCCUGCCGCAAGCCGGCGCCAAAGCUCGACCCUGCGAGGCCGGCCGGGCCGCCCUUCCGCGCCUACACGCAGGAGGAGCGGGCGGCCCGGCUGGGCGGGCCGCCUCCGGCGGGCCUCCUCACCGCCGCCGCCCUGGCCGGCCGGCUCGGCCUGCCUCCGCCGCCCGCCUCCGAAGCCGACCCGGCCCUCGACGGCCUCGACGGCUUUGACGACGGCGGCGGGGAGACGUCCGGAAGAGGGUCUGCCCUCUUCUCGCUCGACCGCUCCGAGGCAUUCCGGCCGGUCGCCGGCUGUUUGCCGCCCUGGUGCGCGCUGGUCGUCGGCGCCGUCGGCGGCGCCGUCGGCGGCGACGCGGCCGCGGCUCGGGGCCACGUCUCUGUGAGCGGCGCCGCCCCGUGGCACGACGACCAGGCGGUGGAGGCGGCGGCGCUGCUCUACGCCUCGCACGGCGGCGCCGGCGUGCUCCGCUUCUGGCGCGCGUGGGCGGCCGCCCCGCGCUGCGCCAGCCGGCCCGCCGCGCCGUGCGUGAUGAGCGUGCUCCGACGGAUCGAGCUGCCGCCGCUCGAGCUGGCCGCCCUCUCCGCCGCGCUGGCGGCACGCACCGAGGCGCCGAUGGUGGAGGCGUGGGCGCAGCACGCCGCGGCGGCGAUGGGCCGAGACGAAGGGCGCGGCGCAGUCGUCGCGGCGGCGUGCAACGAGACGCACGCCUCCAUCCGGGCGGCGGUCGCGGCGGCGACAACGGGCGCGUGCGCAGGCGACGCCGCCGAGGUGGUGGACCACGCGCUCCCCUCGGCCGGAGAGGGCGCCGGCUCUCCGCGGCUGGUGGCCUACGUUGACCCGCAUUCGCCCGGGCUCGCCAAGGCGAUCGAGCGGCUGCUGGAAGCGGCGGCGGGCCGGAGUGCCGCAAACCGCAAUGCGGCAUUGUGCGACUACCGCAUCGUGCCGCAGCUGCACCGCUUCUCCUCGGACAUCAUCGUGAACUCGGUGGUCCGCUGCGAGGACGCG